AUGGCUGGCAAAUCCUCCCAUGUGAGGAUUGCUGAAAAUAAAAUGAGGCCGAAAUGGUUCUUCAGAACCAGGCCGGAAGGAGGCCAAUGGAAGGUUCAACAGGACCUGCGUGCGUUCUCCGAGCAGCGAACACAUAAGCGGACUGGAGGCUGGGGUCCGGAGAAUGGGGACAACUCGCCUGGUGGGUUGAAUAAUGGUUGGCAAGUGGGACUAAUGACAAUGGAAACGAUCGCGACGGAGCAAAUAGGCGCAAAGCGUCUGGCAAUCGGCGCCCGCCCAAAAGCAAAACGCACCAUUUAG